AUGAAACGCAGGGCCAAUGUCUACUACAGUGAUCUGUUCGGACGAUCAGCAGCCUACGAAGACGCAGAGGUUCUCCUCAGCGCCAGAUCUCGGCCAAAGAGUCGAACGGGGCACGAAGAUCACCUCAUCGUCCAUCAGGACUGGAGCGAUUGCCGCACGGAGCUGCUGCCGGGAGCCCGAAAGUUCGGCGGCGAGGCGACGCCGAACGUGCGAAAGUCCGAGGAGCUCCACCAGGCGAGGAUUUUUGGCGAAGGGGACGCCCGGAGCUGGCAAGGCUCCGGCAAGCUCGAGGCAGUCACGCACGAUAACUCAGAGAAGAUCAAGUACAAGGAUGGCAUGAAGCCGCAGGAGCUGCAGCAGGCACACCUCCGGGCCAGCAUCCAGUCUGAGGAGUUUUACAAGGUUGCGACCAACAUCAAGGACUGGGAGGUCAUCGAAUUGCACCUGUCUGGGUUGCCAUAUGAUGCCGACGACGUGCGGCCCCCCCGCGAGCACUGCUGCAACCCGUGA